AUGCCGAGCCUGAUUCCACGGUGGAAGAAGAAGAAGCCUUCAACUUUCAGAGACUUGUCGCCUUCAGAUAGGGAUUACCUCGUUGGUAUGCUUCAAGCUACACCGCCGAAUCAGUCGGAAGCAAGUAGCCAACCCCUACAGCAUCAAGAGGAGCCAGAAUUACAUUCCCAAGACGAACCAGCACCAACACAAUCCCCUCCUACACCACCUCCAGACGAACCAACCAUCCCAAAGCCAACCUUCGAAUCAUCCCUCCGAAUGGCCAACGAAACCGUAAAAUGCUGGGAAAGACGCGACACCCGAAUCGCCAACUCGAUUAAAGCAAAACUGGCAAGCAAAUUUUCCCUAGAGAUCAACUCUUACAUGAAAGAGUACGCGGCAAAGACGAGGGCAGUAUCGUCUCGGCAACACAUUCAUCGUAUUGUUGAGCAGUGUGUGUUGGCGAGACGGAAUUUGAGAGAAAUUAGGGAUUUGUUGCAGGAUUUGCAGGAUUAUGACCCGGUUGAUGAUGUUACUAGAAUGUUGAUGGAGGAGACGUGGCGGGUUAUGGUGAGUCUUGAGCAUGAUAAUUGGAUUGAGGUUGAGUAUGCGCUGGAGAAUCAGUAA